AUGAAUUAAAUUACGAAAUAUAUAUAGCCAUUUCCCUCCAUCGAUUAUGGAGAACAACAAAAGGACAUGGAUGAGGAAUCCAGCCAAAUUUGGAUAUAUUCACUUCUGAACGAGUUCCGAUUAUACUAGUUUACAAUAGUUUAGUCCACAUUCUACUACAAUACUUUGGUGUGCUUACCUACAGGCUUAGGCAAGACAUUCAUAGCCUCUAUGGCAAUAAUUAAUUUUAGUAGAUGGUUUCCAAAGGGAAAAAUCUUCUUUUUGGCACCAACACGACCUUUAGUGGCUCAACAACACGAAGCAAUGAAAAAAUUUGGAAUUGAUGGCAAAUUAUCUAAAAAUGAUAGAACUUAUUAAUCUCAAAUCUAUUUUUCUACUCCUCAAACCCUUGAUAAUGAUUUGAACGAAGAUCUAAUUCAAAACAUAGUUCUGGUUGUAUUGGACGAGGCUCACAAGGGAGUAGGAGAUUAUGCCUAUACCAAUAUAGUGAAAAGACUCCUUUACAAUACCAGAAUUAUCGCUUUGAGUGCGACUCCUGGCAAUAACCUAGAAUAGAUUCAAUAAGUUGUGGCAAAUCUGAGAAUCGCAAAGAUAGAAUUGAGAGAUGAGUAUGAUCCAGAAGUCGUACCUUAUCUCAAAUUUAAAGCUGUUGAAAAGGUUGUGGUCUCAUUCGAUAAUUGUCAAAUUUUGGAUGAUCUUAACAAAUAGAUGCAGCCCUUAUUAAAUAUCAUAUUAGGUUUUGGAAUUCUACCAGUUGAGUUAAUUAGAGUUUGCUCUAGAGCAGACAUAUUUAGUUAUGGUGCUUGUUUCAAACUUCGAGAAUUUCUGACCAAUUCACAUUUGUAAUUUCAAAUUGGACAAUAAAAUUCAAAUAAAGUAUUUGAACACCUAUCUCAUCUCCAUAAAUUAUCAUAUGCCAAAAAGAUAUUAUUAGAAUAAGGAAUCCAACCCUAUGUUAAAUAUAUGGAAUUAGAUGAUAUCGAAGAAGUCCAUCCAAAAAUUUACAAAUUAAAAGAAAUAUUUAAGAAUCAUUUUGCAAACAAUCAAUCCAAAGUCAUUGUAUUUACAAAUAGUAGAGAUAAUGCUUAAUUGUUGUGCAAUCAUAUUAAUUAAGUUGAAAAUGUCAAAGCUUCCAUCUUUGUAGGGUAGGCAAGUUCCAAAAAUCAAGCAGGGAUGAAACAAAAGGAACAACUCCAAGUCAUUGAUAAAUUUAAAAAUGAGUUGAAUGUUUUAGUGGCUACAUGUAUUGCUGAAGAAGGACUAGAUAUAGGAGAAGUGGAUCUCAUUAUCUGCUAUGAUAGUGGAUUCAGUCCAAUAAGAAUGAUAUAGAGGAUGGGAAGAACGGGAAGAAAAAGAGAUGGAAGAAUCAUUGUCUUAUUAACUGAGGGUAAGGAAGCCGCUGAUUAUGAAAAGUCAGUCAAUAAAUACUCUAAAUUAAUUAAAGAACUCAAAGACUUUAACAUCAAUUUAUAUUCCAGUAAUCCCAGGAUCUUGUAAUCUCAACCAUAAAUUAAAUUCAUUGAUGGAGAUAUUGAAUAAAUAGAUAUUAAAAUUAAAUAGGAUCCUAUUAAAACUAAAAACAAAGAUCUUAAAAAAUAAAAAAGAAGUCAUAAGAAUACUGAUUAACAAGAAACUAAACAAAUUAAAAUAGAAAAAUUCUUUACUAAAAAUUUGAAGGAUAUCUCUGAAGAAACUGAAGAAAAAUAACAAACUUAAUCACACUAUCAACCUAUGUUAUUAGAAUCAAAUUCUUUUGCAAAACCAAAAAAAGUCUAAGCAAAAAAGAUUUAACUUGGUAAUAUUGAUAAAUUCAUAAAACCGAAGGAACAAGUAGAAGUUGUUUAAAAUAAAAAAUUACAAAUUAAAGUGUAACCUAAGCAACCUGUUGUUUAGGAUAAGUUUGUUAUUUAAAUCAAGCCAAAACCUUAGUUAUAAGAAGAAGAUUUAACAGUCUCAAGUUUAGAAUAGUUUAAUGAACUCUUGAGGAAGUAAUAGAAUUUUACUUCCAAUUAAGAUUCGAACACUAUGUUUCAAUUCUUAGAUAAAUUAGAUUUAGAAAAGAUCAAUUUGAGUAGUUAAGACUUACAUGAAUCUGAUUUGGAUCUAUCUAAAAUAGCCGAAGAUUAUAUAUCUGAUUGA